GAGAGAAAAGAGGUAGAAAAAACACACACGCAACACUGUCACUCUCAUCCUCUCUCUGUCCACUUUCUCUCUCUUCAACCACUGUGUUUUCUUCUUCUCAAAAAAUCCCAAAUUUCGCACCAUUUUCCUACUCGUUUCCCUCCAAGACUGCAUUUUUUCAACUCCACAAUGCGCGAUCUCUCUGUGGGUUCCAUUUUCCUGGGCUGAAUUGCAGGAUUUCGCGGAGUUCUGAAGCAAAUUCUCCCGGCUGAAAUAGGGAAGAAACAUGCUCGAAACAGUGCAGAGUAGCUCAGUGCAUCGCGUUGGUGGGUUCUCGCAAUUGCAGAGCUGCGGGGAGAGCAGUGAGGAGGAGCUCACGGUGCUGCCUCGCCACACCAAGGUGGUUGUCACCGGAAACAACCGUACCAAGUCCGUGCUCGUGGGUCUUGAGGGUGUGGUCAAGAAAGCUGUUGGCCUUGGUGGAUGGCAUUGGCUGGUGCUUACAAAUGGCAUAGAGGUUAAGCUGCAAAGGAAUGCUCUAAGUGUGAUUGAAGCUCCUACUGGAAAUGAGGAAGAUGAUGACCUUGAAUUCGAGAAUUUUCAGUGGAAUGGUUCUGAUAUGGCAUCUGAUGAUACUCAAAAGUCCAAUAGAUCGAGGCCUCGCAUGCUUAAAUCGUCUGGGCAGUCUCACAAGACCAUGUGCCGGUCUCUCUCAUGUGACGCACAGUCCAAAGGCUCUGUUCCUACUCAGCGGUCCAUGAAAGUUGACCUCAGCAAACUUGAGAUGGCUGCACUGUGGAGAUAUUUGCGACACUUUAAUCUCGUGGGUUCCAUACCUAACCCGUCAAAAGAGCAACUGAUUGAUAUUGUCCAAAGGCACUUCAUGUCACAGCAACUGGACGAGUUGCAGGUGAUCGUGGGGUUCGUGCAGGCGGCAAAGAGACUGAAGACGGUCUGCAAAUGAGAGACGAAAACCUUAGAGAAGAAACGUUUUGGUCCCGACACUAACAAAAACGCAGCAGAGGAUCUAAUGUUCACUUCCUGCUGUGCUAUUAUUAUCAUCUUGUGUAUUAUAUAUAUCUGAAGUUGUGUUUAUCCUUUCGACUUCAGCUCUUUUAGGCUGGUUAUGUUAGUUAUAGAGGAUUUUACCUACCUGUCUUUGUAGCCGUAGAUUUUGUAGAUAAUGUUUGAAGAUGGGUGUAUCAACUGCUUGGAGGCUUUCUACACUUCCAAAGAUUUGGUUGAAUAUAUGGCCUUUGCCCAUCCACUUCAAAGUGGUUGGUUCAAAUGUAUA